UUGGCCAAGGUGAAAGUGUGGAGGAAACUUUCAACUUUCUCUCAGUAAUCGGUUCCUCGUCAAGAGAGGAAGCAGGUCUCUGAUUAGCUCUGUCUAAGCAAUCAAUUUCCUAGUUAUAAGAAUGGAAAAAUUCAAGAAGAGAAUACUUGUUAUUGGUGGAGGAUUCAGUGGUCUUGGAUCUAUAAAGAGCCUGAAAGAAGAAGGUUAUGACCCAAUCUGUUAUGAAAAAACUUCCCACCCUGGAGGCACCUGGUAUUAUAGAGAAGAAACUCCCUAUGGUUUGCCCUCUAUUAUGCCUACUACUGUCAUCAACCACAGUAAAGAAAUGGGUGCUCUUACCAAUUUUCCACCUGACAAAAGAUAUCCCAAUUACAUGAGACAUCAUGAACUUUAUCAGCUGUUUACUGAUGUUGGAGAGCAUUUUGACUGCUUUAAGCAUAUCAUUUAUAAUAGGGAAGUAAUCAAAGUAAAACGCUCGGCUGAUUAUGAUGAAACUGGUAGAUGGGACGUUGCUGUCAAAAAUACUGAAACAGGGGAGAUGACGGAGGAAGUUUUUGAUGUGGUAUGGCUAGCAGUUGGUCAUAUUACUUAUCCUUAUAUUGCUCAGUAUCCUGGAAUUGAAAAUUUCAAGGGAAGUGUUAUGCAUACGCAUAGUUUAAAAAGGGCAGAUAAGUUUAAAGAUAAAAAAGUAUUGGUCAUUGGCAUUGGAUGCUCUGGAGUAGAUGCUGCAGUAGAAGCCAGCAACGUCGCUUCUCAGGUUUAUCUGAGCUCUAGAAACGGAGGAUGGAUACUUCCUAGAGUAGGACCUUACGGAUUACCUUUUGAUUAUUGCAUGCUUCGAAGAUACAGUAAUGUCAUGCAGUCUGUGAUGGGGUAUAAAUUUGCAAGUUGGUGGCUCGAGACCUUCCAAAUCAACAAAAAAUUCAACCACAGUUUAUACAAGUUAAAACCCCCUCACCCAGCUCUAGGCAAAGAUCCAGUAACGAAUGACUUGCUACCAGCUAAGGUAAUCAGUGGUUCGAUUGAAAUAAAAAGAAAUGUCAAAAUCAUCAAAGAAAAAGGUGUUAUCUUCGAAAAUGAGGAUCAUGUCACGGAAGUUGAUGUUAUUAUUAUUGCUACAGGUUAUACAUGGCAAUUUCCUUUCUUAGAGGAAAAUGUUGUUAGAAAAGAAGAAGGGCGUAUCAACUUGUACAAAUGUGUGUUCCCCUCCCAACUGAAGCAUCCUACUUUAGCAAUUAUUGGUUUCCUUCUACCACUGGGGCCAGGUUUUCCUCUAGGCGAAAUGCAAUGCAGAUGGGCUGCUCAAGUUCUCAGCGGACACUGCAAACUUCCAAGCGAGGAAGACAUGCUAAAAGAAAUUAAAACGCGUCAUAAACAAAAUGCUGAAAGAUUUUCGCCAUCUGAAAAAAUGUCGGUUAGAGUUGAUUAUAUCCCAUACAUGGAUGAUAUAGCGAAUGAAAUUGGCUGUAAACCAAAUCUGUGGAAGCUGUUCUUUACUGAUUUUAAACUUUAUAAAGCUCUUGCUUUCGGUCCUUCUUUGCCAUAUCAAUAUAGACUCGAAGGACCUCACAAAUGGGAUGGAGCCAGAGAAGCGAUUCUCACAGCUUAUGAUAGAGUACGUUAUCCCUUAUCUGGAGAAAAAGACAGAAAAACAAAGCAAGCCUUAUCUUUUGGUCAUUAUUUGAAAUAUUUUAUAAUAUUUUUUGUCAUGGCUUUUUGGCUAACGCAAAGUGAAACUUGUGCGAAAUAUUAUCUGCUAGCACUUACGCUUCCCUAUUUCAUGACCUGGAAAGGAUUUUACAAAAAGUAUUUUUUCAGUCUGCUCAUGUUACCUUUUUUUGUAUCUUGGGAAGGCUUUGUUUCUUGUUACAUGAUCACAAUAUUUGUCCCAAUAUUUUUGGCAAUUAUAACAUCAAUAUAAUAAAAAGACUAUCAAGCACUCCUUUUCGCUAAAGAACUCAUGAACCAGAAAUUAUAUAAUAAAUUACAAAAAUGUACUGUUAUAGUAUGCAUUAAAAUUCCGAAGGAUACAAGAAUUUUGUGCAGAUGAAUUAUGAAUGAAAAUGUGAUGUGCCUUCACAUUUUUAAAGAGGAAACGAUAUUUGUGUCGCAUUCUGAUCAAGUUUACCACAAGAACUAUAACUUCGAGAGCAAUGUCAAUUCGAUCGAUGAAAUACCUAUUUUAGAAUUUGUUUUUGUAAAAAUAACUUUGAUUGCUGCCAUAUUUUUCACCUGUUAUGCUUUUACAAGUACAAAAUGUUUUUUUUUUUUUUUUAAAAAAAAGCUCGUUUUUAAAUAAACACAGAAUUUCAUGAUUAUAAUUGAACAGGAAAUGAGUUAGACGUAUGACAAUCAAAAAUCUUUUUUUCUUCCUUCACACAAAUCUUUAAAAUCCUAAUCAGCCAUCCAAAUUUUGCGAGGACAUGAAAUCAUUGCCAACCUUUGAAGGAUAAAACAUGAUGUAGAUAAACAAUAACCACAGUGUAAACUAUAUAAUUUCCAUAUUAAAAUAUGAAAUAACUAUUAUCAUUUUGAAAAACAACUUCCCUGAAGUA